AUGAAUGGUUUGCUUGGACUAGAGCACAACUACUACUCACGAAACAACCAACCUUUUAUCAUUCCUUCAUUCCGAAAAGGCAAAGUCCUCAUUCUUCCUCCCGCCCAACUAAAAGCUAUCUACAACAAGCGCGAGAAUGAGCUGAAAGCCCACGAUCCAGCUUCAGAAGCUCUGUCAUUUGAAUGGACAAUCCGCGAUCGAGAAGUUUACCCGAGCAAUUACACUGUCGAUGUGAUUCGCAAGUGGAUUACCAAGAGAUUCGACGAACUUGCAGCCGAGUUGCAGGAGGAACUAUGCCUUGCAGUGGAUGAGCAGUUCGGCAUGAGUCAAGAGUGGAGAGAGGUAAAGCUUUGGCCAGCUGUGCAGAGGAUAUUCACCCGGGGUUUGAACAGAGUUCUUGUGGGCUUUCCAUUAUGCAGAGACGAAGCGUUCCUCGAGACUAUGCGGCGGUUUGCUAUCGACAUGCCAUUCCAAGGUUUAUUCAUCACAUUGGUUCCGAAAGUCCUCAGGCCAAUCUUUGCUCCGUUGAUAUCAUGGAAUGCUAGACGGGAUACAGAGGCAGGCAUCAGAUACUGUACUCCGAUUAUACAAGAUUUUCUGAAAGCUAAUCGGAAUCCUACACAAGAAAAGCCGAUCAACAUCCUCCAAUGGAUCAUAGAAGCCAGCGCCGCAACUGGCGAUCCAUCUCAACUCGAUGCCCACCGCAUAGGCCAUCGAAUGAUGAUCCUCAACUUCAAUCUUGUACAAGGUGGAUCAAUUCCCUUCAGUACCGUUCUCAGCGAUAUAUGCAACGGUAAACACGCAACCUCGACCUUUUCGCAACUCCGUGAUGAAGCGUCAUCUGUUCUGGGUUCUAACAAGACCUGGGAUCGCGCCACUAUUUCUAAACUCGUUCUCGCCGACUCAGCAAUUCGUGAAUCAAUGCGCUGGUCUGAUUUCGGCCUCUUUGCCCUCCCACGUCGCGUCAAUUCUCCCGGUAUAACUCUCGACAAUGGUAUUCACGUUCCGCCUGGUGUUCAUAUUGAGGUCCCGAUGCAUAGUAUACACAUGGACAAUAGCUCUUAUGCAGAUGCAGGUAUUUUUAAGCCGUUUCGUUUUGCGGAUGGAACUUCCACGUCUCGUUCUGCUGUGACUCUUGACGAGAGCUUUCUUGGGUUUGGGUAUGGGAAGAACGCAUGCCCCGGGCGAUUCUUCGGCUCGCAUAUCAUGAAGGUCGUUCUAGCGUAUCUGGUCAUGAAUUAUGAUGUGGAGUUUGGAGCUGAGGAGCCUCCGAUGAAGACGAUGUGGGAAUAUAGAAUCCCAAGGGAGAGCACCGCCAUCAGGAUUCGCAGGAGGGUACAGGCGUGUAACUAGACUUGAGUUUUAUAAGGGUAAGGUGGGAGAAUGAGCCACGAGUCCUU